AUUCUCAGCCCUGGUUUUAAGAUGAUGGGAUUGGGAAAUGGGCGUCGCAGCAUGAAGUCUCCGCCCCUUAUCGUGGCCGCCCUGGUGGCCUGUGUCAUUGUGCUGGGCUUCAACUACUGGAUUGCGAGCUCCAGAAGUGUGGAACUCCAGUCACGCAUUGUGGAGCUGGAAGUCCGGGUCCGCAGGGCAGCCGCAGAGAGGGGUGCUGUGGAGCUGAAGAAGAACGAGUUCCAGGGCGAGCUGGAGAGGCAGCGAGAGCAGCUCGACAGGAUCCAGUCUAGCCACAGCUUCCAGCUGGAGAAUGUCAACAGGAUGCACCAGGACGAGAAGGCGGUUUUAGUGAGUAACAUUACCACAGGCGAAAAGCUCAUCAGAGACCUGCAAGACCAGUUGAAGGCUCUGCAAAGGAGUUACGGCAGGCUGCAGCAGGACAUCUUCCAGUUCCAGAAGAACCAGACUAGCCUGGAGAAGAAGUUCUCCUAUGACCUGAGCCAGUGUAUUAACCAGAUGAAAGAGGUGAAGGAACAGUGUGAGGAACGGAUAGAAGAAGUCACCAGGAGGAGAAAUGAAGCAGCAGUUUCCAGAGGUGUGGGUGAAAGAAACGGCCAGCCUCAGCAGGCUCUCAAGCCUCAGCCCAAGCUUCCGGAAGUAGUCCCACCAAAGGAACAGAUGCCACAAGGGAAAGAGGCUGUGCCCAGAAACAAGUCCCAGACACCAGCCCCCAGUUCAGAGGUGCGGGGUUUGAAACCACACCAGCAGAACGAGGAAACCAACGAGAUUCAGGUUGUCAGUGAGGAGCAUGGUCUGGGACCGCCAAAGGCAUCAGUUCAAGAACAGGCCCCCAUGGAUGGCACACUUGGAGGAGCUGGGAAACCUCCUCACAUGACACAAGGGCCAGCCGCCCUGUUGGCCAGGCCUGAGGAUUCUCAGUACCCUGACCGGGACCAGCUUGUCAUCCAAGAUGAGCAGGAGAAGCAGCAUGCAGCUGAGGAAGGGAGGAACCAGGGAGAUGAAUACAACAUGGAUGAAAAUGAAGCAGAGUCUGAGAGAGACAAGCAGGAAGUCCUUGCAGGGAACGACAGAGAUAUGAAUGUUUUUAAUGUUGAAGAUCAGAAGAGAGGCCCAAUUGAUUUACCCAAUGGGAGUGAAAAACAGAAUCUCAUCCUAAAUCAAGUAGGAGUCCAUAUUCCUCAACAGGCCUGAACAGAGAUCCUGCAAAGACUCACCAAUGACUGAGUACUCAACUGUGAAAUGUACCAAGUAAACUAUGCAUCGGCUGAUGA